CUUCGAUCAUCACCCGUCGGCCGUUGCUCCUCGCUUCGUCUUGGUUUCACCUUCAUCUCAGGCAUCUCGCGUGCGGUUCGAGGUGCGUACAAUGCAGGCUUGUUGACCCCUGCCCUGCAACCGCCAUGUAUCCGGGUUACCGUGGCCUUCUGGCCCCUAUACUCUCCGUGUACCUUGCCCUGCUCCUCGUUCUCUCUCCAGCCACAGCCUACCAAGCGAUCUCGGACGAGACCCUGAAAUCCCUCCCUCGCCCGAACGAUGACUUCGAUAUUCAUACCGGUGCCCUCCUGGCCCCGAUCUUGCGGCCCCGUGUUCCCGGCACCCCCGGGUCGACUGCGGUUCUAAACCACUUCGUGGACUUCUUUCGCAAUUCGCUCCCCGACUGGAAACUGGAGUUUCAGAAUUCCACGUCAAAAACCCCCGUUUCGAAAGGCAAGGAGGUGCCAUUUGUCAACUUGAUCGCGUCUCGGGACCCUCCGUGGGCGGCGACAGGUGACGUGGGAAGGCUCACUCUUACCGCGCAUUAUGAUAGUAAAUACGAGCCGGAGGGGUUUAUUGGCGCUAUUGACAGCGCAGCACCAUGCGCGAUGAUUCUGCACGCCGUAAGAAGCAUUGAUGCAGCUCUGACAAAGAAGUGGGAUGACAUGCGGGUACAAGGUCAGACCAAUCCUCUGGAUGAGCAAAAGGGCAUUCAGAUCAUGUUACUAGACGGUGAAGAAGCAUUCAAGACCUGGAGUGAGACAGAUUCACUCUACGGUGCUCGCUCCCUUGCAGAGCAGUGGGACGGAGAUGUCAACCCCGCCAUGUCGGUCUACAAGACCCCUCUUUCCUCAAUUUCCCUCUUUGUCUUACUGGAUCUACUCGGGGCCAAGAACCCAACAAUCCAGUCCUUUUUCCCAACUACGCACUGGGCCUACAAGAGGAUGGCGAAUUUGGAGCGUCGUCUCCGACGUCUAAACCAGUACAAAUCUGCAGCCAAUUCACCGCUGUGGUUUCCACACGCCUCGAAAAAUGAGCAUGAGGUGAAUAUGUUCAGCAGCAUUGAAGAUGACCACAUUCCCUUUAUGAGGCGUGGGGUAGAGAUCCUUCACAUCAUCGAUGCUGGCCCUCGUGGCUUUCCGGAUGUCUGGCAUCGCAUGGAGGAUGACGGCGAACAUUUGGAUCUGGCGACUGUGGAAGACUGGAGCUUAUUGGUUACAGCGUUCGCUGCGGAGUGGAUGGAGCUAGAAGGCUUCAUGCCCAUGUCCAAGCAGAGGGACUCCGGGGAUCAGGACCAUGAGAACAGCAAGCGCUCUGAUGGUCAUCAGGAUCAUACUGAAUUGUAAGCGCCAUCUUCAACCACCAUCAAUGUUUGACAUGGCUAUUGCAGCCAUGCAUUUCUCCCUAAAUACAUGUACCCUGGGUAUCUGCCACGGGCUGCGCUGAUACGUGAUGCGUCUGCAUAGCUUUUAAACGAGGGCUUUGGUGGUCCAGCCUUGUUCUUGAGCAGUUUCGCUUCUCGACAAC